AUGGAGACCACCGAAGACUACUCCGAAAAUGUUGGGCGCUCCCCGUCAUCUAACAGCCUCGAGCAUUCAUGGGUACCGCCAAGUUACAAAAUCCGGUUCUCCGAUGACAUGGAGGAUACGGAAGAUUACAUCGUCGGUGGAUUCCAUCCUGUGCAUCUUGGAGAUCUGCUCUACCACGGUCAAUAUGGAGUUAUGCAUAAGCUUGGCCAUGGUGGACUAGCAACCGUCUGGCUUUGCCGAGACCUUCAGAUGAGCAACUACGUUGCUGUGAAGAUCAUGAUCGCGGACGAAUCUCACUUCCGCCCAGCAAACAUACUGCUUCAAGUUACGAAUAUCGACCAUCUUAGCGAAGAUGAAGUGAUGGAAGAGCUAGGAGAGCCCCUUUUGGAGUAUGUUGAAACUACUUCCGGCGAAGAUCCUGCUCCAACGGCUCCAGAGUACCAGGUAGCAACAGUAGCUUGGCACAAAGUCAAUCGCCAAUUAUUCAAGGACCAAAUUGCCAUAGUUGACUUCGGGGAAUCAUUCGAGACAUCUGGCCCUCCAAAGGGACUUGCUACUCCAUCAGCGUACUGCGCGCCUGAGCUCUUAAUGUAUUUCCCAAGACGUCCAAUAGCCUGAUAUAAGGGUACUUAAACUAUAAAGAUUAAGGUGAGCAAUGUAUGUAUAUACUAUCUAUCACCAUUUUAGAGGAGCUUCAAUCACUAGAUCGUUGCCAACGAUCGAAGAUACAUAGAAAAU